GAAUUGCAAAAAAACGGGAUAAUUUUCCUCUGAUUUUUUACCAAAAAAAUUUCGAAAUUUUUCAAACCAAACACAAAGAAUAAUGUCGUCGACUAUUUCGAAGCGAAUCCUCGUCACACCGGUAUUAGGUGUUGGUCAUGUAAAUGCUUGUGCCGGUAUAGCCAAACCAUUAUUAAAAAAUGGUCAUCGUGUUGCAUUUUUUCUUGAAAAACAAUUUGCCGGACAACUUUCUAAACAUGGUUUUGAAGAAAUUAUCUAUGAAAUUGAUUAUGAACCUGAUGAUACAGCUGGUACAAAUAAUCGUACACCGGGUGAACAAGCAGCACAUUUUUUAUUGAAAAAUGGUAUUCUUGGUAAUAAUGAUCGAUUUGAACAAAUCGAACGAGUACUCAAUACAAAAUGGGAUUCGGAUAGUAAAAAAAUUCAAUUAGAUAAACAUCUUCGUGAAACAAUCAAAACGUUCAAACCAGAUUUAUUUAUUGUUGAUGAUCCAAAACUUCAACCAGCUAUUUAUUAUUCAAAUAAACCAUGGAUCAAAGUGAUUAGUAUUGCUCCAUUAUUAUAUUUAUACAAUAUUGAAAGUUUACCACCAGGAUGGUCAGGAUUAUCUAAUUCUGAUUUGGAUAGAAAACAAUGGCCAAAAUAUCAAAAAAUUGUGCAAAAUAUUUUCUAUAGAAAAGAUGAAAAUGAUUUUAUCGAAAAAAUGGGUUAUAAACGUUAUCCCAAUGAUUUAUUAAUGCCACCAACUGAAGCGUUGACAAUUUAUGCCUAUCCAGAAGAAUAUAAUUAUCCAGAAAUUAAAGAAUAUCAUCCUGAUUGGUUUAACAUUGAAGUUUUCAAUAAAAAUGAAUCGAAUGAAAAAAUUGAUUUGAAAGAAUUUUUACCAAAAGAUUUCUAUGAAAAUGAUUUGAAUGGAAAUUGGUCGGGUAAAUGGAUUUAUGUUUCGAUGGGUUCAAUGGGAUCAGUAGAUUUGAAUCUGAUGCAUCGUUUGAUUGAAGUUUUAUCUAAAACUAAUCAUAAAUACAUUGUAUCGAAAGGACCACGCCAUGAAGAAUAUGAAUUAACUGGUAAUCUAUGGGGUGAUCGUUAUUUACCGCAGGUAAAAAUUCUACCUGUUGUUGAUUUAGUCAUUACACAUGGUGGUAAUAAUAGUGUAACCGAAACAUUUGCUCAAGGUAAACCAAUGAUUAUAAUGUCAUUAUUUGUUGAUCAACAUGAUAAUGCACAACGUUUAUCGGAAACAAAUUUUGCCAAACAAAUUAAUCCAUAUGAUUUCGAUGAUAAUGAUCUUAUCAAUGCAAUCGAUCAAUUACUUAAUGAUGAUCAAUUACGACAACGUCUUUCGAAAGCAUCAAAUCGUAUACGAAAUUCAAAUAAACAUUCGGAAUUAUGUGCGAAAAUUGAAGAAAUUUUAAUGAAAAAUUAAAAUCGGUGCAAAAUUUUUUGCACUU